AAUGGGAUAUCACUGGGCUCUCUUGGUCCAGAGUCUGCCACAGCUACCCAAAAGUAUGCGAACCACAGAAAUUGCGGCUCGAACCAAUUUUAACUGUUUUUCCCUCGCGAGGGAGUUUUUGUUCAGUUCCCAACCUUCACGGCUCUGGGGAAUCUGGGAGCUUAUUAGAGAUCAAUUCCAAUGUCUUUGUUUUGUGCUGUACGGCCAUCAUCAGUGAGGACAGAAUUCUUCAACCCCAUAGCUAAAAACCUCGUUUUCCCUGCAAGAGCAUUCCACCACAGAAGCAAAUGUGAAAUGAAUAGAAGGAGUUUUGCUUUCAGAGGAAUUGUAGCUUCUGGAGUUUCGGUCAUGGGUUCUUCUUUGACUACUGAGCCUGUCCAAGGUGUUGAAAGAUUACCAUUCAAGCCGGAGGGGUACAAUUUUUGGACAUGGCGGGGUCACAAGAUUCAUUAUGUGGUACAAGGAGAAGGCUCGCCUGUUGUUCUUAUUCAUGGUUUUGGUGCUUCUUCGUUUCAUUGGAGGUAUAACAUACCAGAAUUGGCUAAAAAACACAAGGUUUAUGCCAUAGACUUGCUGGGAUUUGGGUGGAGUGAGAAGGCACUAAUUGAAUAUGAUGCCAUGGUAUGGAGGGAUCAGGUGGUGGAUUUUUUGAAGGAGAUAGUGAAAGAACCUGCUGUUUUAGUUGGGAACAGCCUCGGAGGGUUUACCGCUUUGGUUGCAGCAGUUGGACUACCCGAGCAAGUUGUUGGAGUUGCACUACUAAAUUCUGCUGGGCAAUUUGGAAAUCCAAAUGCCGAAACAAAUAAAUCUGAAGAAUCUGUCUUACAGAAGUUUAUUUUGAAGCCUCUGAAGGAAGUUUUUCAGCGUGUCGUUCUUGGAUUUUUGUUCUGGCAAGCGAAGCAACCGUCUCGAAUUGAAUCUGUCUUAAAAAGUGUGUAUAUAAAUACAACCAAUGUGGAUGACUACCUUGUGGAAUCUAUAACAUUGCCAGCAGCUGACCCCAACGCCGGAGAAGUGUAUUACAGAUUGAUGACCCGGUUCAUGAUGAAUCAGAGCAAGUAUACUCUAGACAGUGUCUUAAGCAAGUUGUCUUGUCCACUGUUGUUGGUGUGGGGUGACUUAGACCCAUGGGUUGGUCCUGCCAAGGCUAACAGAAUCAAGGAAUUUUACCCAAAAACGUCUCUGGUAAAUCUACAGGCCGGGCAUUGUCCACAUGAUGAAAUUCCAGAGCUUGUGAAUGGAGCUUUGUUAGACUGGUUGUCAACCAUACCAGCAGAAGCCUCUUUUCAAACAUUUUGACUUCUACAAGUUUUGUAGCAUUAGCACUCAUAUUUACCCUGAGGUUAUACUUGUAGACACAGACGGUAAAUUCAUUAAUCACAAAAAUUUUAUUUAAAGCUUGGUUUGCUUGCAAAGCUGGUAAAAUUGUCGUCAUGGAUGGCUUAGAAAUGAAAGGAAAGGUGAAUCAAAAGAAAAAUUAUCCGUUUGACAUUAUCCAAUUCUCACCUGCCGCUCCUGCCCCCGGUUCAAUACAUAGUCAACAUUAACUCAUCAAUGUUAAGCUCUAAUAUGAGUUGAACAUAGUCAACAUUAAACUCAUUAAUCUUAAGCUCUAAUAUGAGUUGAAAGUCUUUAAAUUACCAAAAAUAAAAUAAAAUAAAAUAAAAGUCUUUAAGUAAAGCUUAUUUUGCUAGUAAUGAAAUUAUCGUCAUGGAACCCAGAGGAUUGAGAAGGAAAGGCAAAUCAGAAGAAAUAUUAAAUCUUGCUUGAGAUUAGCCAGUUACCUGCCCUUUGGCUCAAUAUCACUGAACAUUAACUUAAUUCUAAGGUACGUUGAACGAGACUUUUAUAUUGAAGAUUAACAAAAUAAAAAAGAAAUCAACAAAUUGAGCUUUGUAUUCACCAAAAAAAAUAAAUAAAUAUAUAUAUAUAUAUAUAUGUAUAUAGCUCAGCAAAUUGUUGUACCAAUAAAAAAAGGUCAGGAAGAGAGACGAACACGUCUUUUUUUGCCCUUCAGAAAGAGAGAGACGAGCAUGUCUUUCUUUUUUCCAUUUUCAGAAAGAGAGACGAACCACGUCUUUCUUUUUUUUUCCUAUUUCUUUGUCGUUUUAUACAUUGGAAAAACUUGUCAAAUUUGGUUUCUUAUGGACAAUAGUUGAUUAUAAAUUGCAUGGAAUAGUUUCCAACUUUGACUUAUCCUAGGGAGCAGUGGAAUUUCUACCGCAUGCUAGCUAAAAGGGUGUUUGUUACAUGGGACUGGCCAGGACUGGAUAGGUUAUAGUCCCAAUCUGGUGUUUGGGAAGGAAAAUGGAGGACGGGACACACUUAUCCCGUUAACUAAUUUAUCCGCUUCGAAGGGGACAAAGCUGACCCACCAAAACACCUGGGUCACUUUUGUCAUGCCCUCUCUCGAAGCUUUUGUGAAUAACCUCUCAUCCUCUCACACGAAGUUGCUUCUGCCGGACCGUUCGUCGAUUCUGUUCGAGAUCUCGCCGGAUCGUUGGCCGCUUCUUUUUGGUUUGAAACCCUCGGGAAAGAAGAAAUUGUGGAAUUCCUUGGAGUUGGAGGCUUUGAGUUGAGGAAGAUUAUAUACUACUCCAGUCUCCAGUAGUAACUCUAUCUCCAUUGUUGAAGAAGCCCUAGUCAAGCAAUGGAAGCUGGAGGCAGUAGUAACGAUAAUAGGGGGGUGAAUUUAGGCAUACAUGGAGUAGAGGUGAGGAAGAAGCUUUGCUGGUUCUUUUAGAUGAAGCUGUAGCUAGUGGGCAACGUUGUGACUCAGGAGCAUUUAAACCUGGUACACUUAAUAUGAUUGAGCGGCAACUGCCUGAAAUGUGUCCUAACUCGGGAUUGCAAGCAACUCCACAUAUUGAAUCGAAGCUAAAAAAGUGGAAGAAGUAAUAUGGUAUCAUAUACGACAUGCUGAACAAAAGUGGAUUUGGAUGGAAUGACACUCUUAAAUGUGUGGAGGUUGACAGUGACGAUGCUUGGAAAGCAUAUGUAGUAAUCCAAGUGUAAAAAGUUGGAGAGGUAAACCUUUUCCGAUAUAUGAGAGGCUUGCUAAUAUUUUUGGGAAGGAUCGGGCAACAGGACAUGGAGCACAAACUCCAAUUGAUUUUGUUAAUGAUAUAAUUAUGGAGCCUGACAAUAACCAAUUUGAUGAUGUGGGUUUUCCAAUGUCUAUGAAUCAAACACAUAGUCAACUGCCCACAAAAUCCCAAUUAAGGGGUAAGAGGAAAGCUAAAUCGAAGGAUGAUGACAUCGUUAGCAGGUUAAACAAUGUAGCAGAUAAGUUUAUUGAUAAAUUGGCUACAUAGUUAGACAAGUUGGAGAAGUCUGAUAUCAACUAUCCACAAUACUUAGCUAUGGAGCUUGACAGGUUAGGAUUCCCUAUUACUGACAAUCUCAAAAUCUCUAAAGCAAUGAGAUCGGAUCCAUCGAACGUUGAGGUUUUCAAGAUUAUUAAAACCGAUGCGCAGAAGAUUGAAUUUGCUUGUGGAUUUUUGGAUAAUUAAAUUAGUAUUGUUGUGGAUUAUAUAUUUAUGGAUAUGUAUGAGAGGAUGACAACUAUGAACAUCUGGAAUUGAAACUUAUGGACAUAUAUUGUAACGUAUUGAAUGUUGGUUUCUAAUUAUGCAUGUACGGAUAAUUUUAUUGUUAUGUGUUAUGUUUUAGAAUAUUAACAUGCACUUUAUUGAUUUGGUUAGUUGUUAUUUUGUUUAAUAAUAUUACUAUAUUAUAUUGUCAUUUAUUAUUAUAUGCAGGAAUAUUGAAUGGCAAAGAGAAGGGUUUAUGUUGUGUUUAAAG